CUGGGGUUGCUCGCAUCUUAAAAUACGUCCAGUUUCUCCCAUAUACUGGAACAAACAUGAUAUAUGUCAAAGUUCGCGUCAGCUAAUCAAUGAAAUUUUCCGUAAACAUGACUAUUUUUAAUUUAAAAAGCUUCCCUAAUGUAUGCCGACUGUGUCUGCAACCAAAGUCAUCAGCCGAAAUGGUUACUCUGGACAGUUAUCGCCCACUGAACGGAUGCACAAUAAGUGAGAUGUUGGAGGAAAUUAGUUUCAAUGUUCCCUUCGAACUUGCCUGUUACAUGCCAAUGGAAGUUUGCGAACGGUGUUUGGAUGUUUUGGAGUUCUUUUUCAAAUACAAAAGAAAACUGGAUCUGAUCCAACAUUUCGCGAGUUCUUUAGCGGAGGUAAAAUCAGGAAACCAGAGGCCACUGCGGCAGUUGUUCGAAAAUGAAGAAGAACGGUUACAUAUGCUGUUCAGGGAUUUGGAUCUUUGCCAACAAGACGUUAAAGCGGAUGAUUUGAUCGGCGAGUUCUCCGAGUAUGAUCUUGCUUCAACUGUUUGCAUCAAGGUAGAGGAUGACAAUGAUGGUGAAUAUGAACUAGCCUUCACUGCUGAACUGUUGGGAGAAGGUACUACACAUUGUGCUGAGCAGGAUAACGACUUGCCGAGUUUUUUGGGAGAAUUUCAAAGAACUGUAGAGGAACAGUCGGUUGAAGUUAAACCAGUAGCGCUACCCAUUGAAUCAGAGAAACCUACCAUGCAAGAUUUUGAAGAGGAUCUAAAGUCUGAAUACACUGUUAUAGAAGGAGCUUUCGACGAAUACGAGGAAGAUAAUGAUUGUGAUUUAGAUAAUGAAGGCACCUCAGAUGGACAGCAGCCGUCCAAGAAAAAGCGCCAACUUCGUCUCCCGGAAGAGGAGGUUAGCCUCCAGGAGUGCAAUCUGGAUUGUAAAUUUAGCACAACCUUUCCGUCGCAGUUUGAGAAACACUUGACAAAAAUGCACGCUGAUGAAAUUGAGAUGCUGACAUGUCAUCGACGAAUCUGCAGUGGAGAACUGUUCAGUUCGGUCGAGCUGCUGCGGCAACACAAGAAUGAUGCCCAUAGUACUCACAUUUGUAUGCUUUGUGGGAAGGUAGUAAAACAUUUGAUUGCAUUGGAAAAUCAUUUAAAAUGGCAUGAAAGGGAACGUGAACCAACUCUGCAGUGUUCGUUGUGCGAGGAAAUGUUUCGAACACAGACAGAAGUGGAGAAACAUGCCGUAAAGGUGCAUUCGGCGAGGAUUUCCUUCGAUUGUCAUGAGUGUGGUCUGGGGUUUAAGCAUAAAUUGCUAUUGUCACAGCAUUUGCUCACACAUUCUGUCGAGCGAAAUUACAACUGCGAGCAAUGCGAAAGGUCUUUUAAAACAGCGAACCAUUUGCGGCGUCACAUUCGCACGGUUCAUACGGAAGUUCGCUACACCUGCGACCACUGUCAGAUGUCAUACGGACGACGGGAUAAACUACGGAUGCAUAUGGAACGAGCUCAUGAUAUACAAACCUAUUUUGUAUGCGAAAUUUGCUGCACAUCGUUCGAGACAGAUGAUAAACUACAGGAGCACAAGGACCGCCAUGAAAAUCCAAACGAUCUGGAUUGUGGCAUAUGUUUAAUCUCAUGCACUACCGCCGACGAGUUCAACGAGCAUCUUUGUAUCACAUAUCAGGAUGAUUACGUUUGCUGCAAUCGCGAUUUUCGCUAUCAUUCGUACUACAACCGGCAUAUGUUCUUGACCCACGGAAUAAACACCAACGCUCGGGUUAAGCCGAAGACAGGAGUGCUUAUGGGAAAACAACGAGCAUUGCGGAAACCAGUCGAACGCUGUACCAAGUGCGAACAAGUAUUUGCUACGCGGAAACUCAAGAAGCAACACAUGGAUUUCUGUCAAGGACAGGUGGUUAUUUUCGAAAUUGAACCCGUAGCAGAUGGGGUUGUUGAAAGUUGAAUGUAGAAUCCUUUCUCUAUUAUACUAUUUAGUAAAUAUUGAUUAAAUUUUAUUAA